AUGGUCCUGGUCCCUGAAGCGAGGGACCAAAGCAAGGCAGCAAAGGGCAGGAGAAGGGGCCCAGUGAGGCCCUCCACAGCCAUCCCUGCCCUGGCCUUGGCCCCAGCCGAUCCCUACACCUCCAUGGCAGACUAUGAGCACAGCAUCCAGGACAUGGUGCACCAGCUGAAGAACAGCUCUGAGCCAGGAGACACCAAGUGCCGGGUCAACCUGAGGCUCUGGAGGUCCAACCGGCGGAGCCUGUCCCCCUGGGCCUACAGCAUAAACCACGACGCCACACGGAUCCCGGCAGACAUCCCGGAAGCCCGAUGCCUCUGCAGCGGCUGCAUCAACCCCUUCACCAUGCAGGAGGACCGCACCAUGGCCAGCAUUCCCAUCUACAGCCGCCUGCCUGUCCGCCGGCUGCUCUGCCCGCUGCCAGGCGAGGCUGGGCACAAGGCCUCCGGCAAAAAGUGUCACAAGAAGUACCAGAUGGUCAUGGAGACCAUUGCCGUGGGCUGCACCUGCAUCUUCUGA